AAUUUCAGAAAGUUUAUUGAAAAAUGUUAUUUAUAUUAUAAUAGUUUAAUCGAUGUAUAUAUAAUAUUUAAAUUAUAGAAUGAUUUAUCGACUAAUGAUACAUUAAGAAUAAAAUAUAUAAUGGAUACUAUAAACAAUGUUAUAUGUGAUUACAGUAUAUUAAAAGGCGAUCCAGAAUUUUUGAUUUCCUUAAUUAAUAAAUACGUUUUAGUGGAUGUUCUUAAAAAUGUAACAUUUGCAGGAUAUGUGUUAGCUAUUGAUCCAGAGCAAUAUAGUAUUGUUUUAUUGGUAUUACAUGGAGAUUCAUAUAGAAGAGUGCUUAUACCAGGACAUGCAGUAUCAAACAUCACAGAAAGUACUCCAUCAGACAUCAAACCUUUGCUUAACACAACCCAUAUAAACACAGAAAAUGUAUCAGGAAGAAAACUAAGGAUUAUAUCUUGGUUCAAAAAGAACUUACUGCCAGUGAAUGAGUCUGGUGAUAAUAUUACCCUUGGAAAUGCUACUAUUUUACCACCCUAUGGGCCAAUGGAUAUUUGCACAGAUAAUCCAAUAGUAGCCAAUCAAGUACGAGGUAUCAUUAUGAAAAUGCCUGUUGAUUAUGCACCUGUAUGAAAUGUAUAAAAUUUUCAUUGUACCCUGAAUUAUUUUGAUAUGAAUAAAUUGGUGUUAUGUAAAUA